CGGCGUGCGACCGGAGAGCUCCCCCCUUCACACAGCACAGUUCGGUCUCCUCUCCCUGCAUGCAUGCUUCGCAGCGGGAGCCCGGAGCACUGCACACCGCACACUGCACACUGCACGCUGCACGCGGGUGCCCGGUAACCGGGAUAUGCACGCCCGGUAGGCCCGCCAGGCUGACGGCCGCGCACAUUGUCUCUAUUGCGCGUGUAACACAGAGUUAGCAGUGAGGCGGGUUGUUUUGUUGAGUCGUAGUCGAGGUGGACGCGGACCGCUCCAUUCGUCGCACGCAGCACACACACACACACACACACGCACACACACAUUCUGCUGGGAGAGAGUGCGCACUUGUUUUUUCUUUCUCCGGGUGGAUCCGAUGAGACCCAAUCGAUACGGAUCGAUCUUUUUUCUUUCCAACUGUUGCACGGACGCGUGGGAGCGGUGAGGCAGCAUGAGUUCGGGACAGGACGAGAGCUCGGUUCGCGUGGCACUGAGGAUCCGGCCCCAGCUGGGCCGGGAGAAGAUCGAGGGAUGCCACAUCUGUACUUAUGUGAUGCCCGGGGAGCCACAGGUGAUCCUGGGGAAGGACAAGGCCUUCACCUACGACCACGUCUUCGACAUGGACUCCCAGCAGGACGCCAUCUACGAGGCCUGCACCGAGAAGCUCAUAGAGGGAUGCUUUGAGGGCUACAACGCCACCAUCUUUGCCUACGGACAGACGGGCUCGGGGAAGACGUACACCAUGGGGACGGGCUUCGACGUCAACAUCGGGGAGGAGGAGCUGGGCAUCAUCCCCCGCGCCGUGCACCACCUGUACCGGGGCGUGGCCCAGCGCCGCCAGGCCGCCCAGGACCAGGGCCGGCCCGUACCCGAGUUCAAGAUCAACGCCCAGUUCCUGGAGCUCUACAACGAGGACGUCCUGGACCUGUUUGACUCUGUCCGGGACGCCAAGCAGAAGCCCCACAUCAAGAUCCACGAGGACGCGGCGGGGGGCAUCUACACCGUGGGGGUCACCACCCGCACUGUGGCCACCGAGGAAGAGAUGAUGCAGUGCCUGAAGCUGGGGGCCCUCUCCCGGACCACCGCCAGCACCCAGAUGAACGUGCAGAGCUCGCGCUCCCACGCCAUCUUCACCAUCCACCUCUGCCAAGUGCGCGUGUGCGCCCCCGACCCCGACGCCGACGUCCAGGAUGGAGAGACGGACAACAGGGUUUCCAACGGCAACUCGGAGAUCGACGAGUUUGAAACCCUGACAGCCAAGUUCCACUUCGUGGACCUGGCCGGGUCGGAGAGACUCAAGAGAACCGGGGCGACGGGGGAGCGCGCCAAGGAGGGCAUCUCCAUCAACUGUGGACUGCUGGCCUUGGGGAACGUGAUCAGCGCCUUGGGAGACCGUAGCAAGCGGUCGUCCCACGUCCCGUACAGAGACUCCAAGCUCACCAGACUGCUGCAGGACUCCCUAGGGGGCAACAGCCAAACGGUGAUGAUCGCCUGCAUCAGCCCGUCCGACCGGGACUUCAUGGAGACUCUGAACUCACUGAAGUACGCCAACCGGGCGCGCAACAUCAAGAACAAGGUGGUGGUGAACCAGGACCGCGCCAGCCAGCAGAUCAGCGUCCUGAGAACCGAGAUCGCCCGGCUGCAGAUCGAGCUCAUGGAGUACAAGACGGGGAAGCGCUUGGCGGGGGAGGACGGCGUGGAGAGCUUCAGCGACAUGUUCCACGAGAACGCCAUGCUGCAGACGGAGAGCGGGAACCUGCGGCUCCGCGUCAAGGCCAUGCAGGAGACCAUCGACGCCCAGCGGGCACGCCUCACCCAGGUCCUCAGCGACCAGGCCAACCAGGCGCUCAGCCGGGCAGGGGAGGGAGGCAGCGAGGAGAUCGGCAACAUGAUCCACGGUUACAUCAAGGAGAUCGAAGACCUCAGAGCCAAGCUGCUGGAGAGCGAGGCCAUCAACGAGAGCCUCCGUAAGAACCUGUCCCGGGCCUCCACCCGCCAGUCCCUGUACGGGGGCCCCGGGGGGCCCUUCUCCUCCAUGGCCCCCGAGAAGGAGACCUCGGACGUCAUUGAGCUGGCCAAGAAGGACCUGGAGAAGCUGAAGAAACGGGAGCGCAAGAAGAAGAGGAGCGCUGUGAAGGAGGAGCUUCCAGACAACGACCAGGACAAGGGGGCGGAGGGGGCGGAGAAGGAGGGGCCGGAGAGGGCCAACGAGGAGGCAGAGAUGGAACCCCAGGAGGGCAGCGACCACGAGGAAGGAGAGGAGGACGAGGAGGAGGAUGAGGAGGAGAUGGACGUGGAGGAGAGCUCGGACGACUCUGACUCGGAGUCGGAUGAGAAAGAGAACUUCCAGGCGGACCUGGCCAACAUCACAUGUGAGAUCGCCAUCAAGCAGAAGCUGAUCGACGAGCUGGAGAACAGCCAGCGGCGGCUGCACACGCUGAAGCAGCAGUACGAGCAGAAGCUCAUGAUGCUGCAGAGCAAGAUCAGGGACACCCAGCUGGAGAGGGACCGCGUGCUGCACAACAUGGGCUCGGUGGAGAGCGGCACGGAGGACAAGGCCCGCAAGAUCAAGCUGGAGUACGAGAAGAGGCUGAGCGUGAUGAACAAGGAGCUGCAGAAGCUGCAGACGGCUCAGAAGGAGCACGCCCGCCUGCUGAAGAACCAGUCGCAGUACGAGAAGCAGAUGAAGAAACUGACCCUGGACGUGGCCGAGAUGAAGAAGACCAAGGUCAGGCUGAUGAAGCAGAUGAAGGAGCAGCAGGAGAAGAACCGAAUGAACGAGUCUCGCAGGAACCGGGAAAUCGCCUCCCUGAAGAAAGACCAGCGCAAGCAGGAGCACCAACUCAAGCUGCUGGAGGCCCAGAAGAGGCAGCAGGAGCUGAUCCUAAGGAGGAAGACUGAGGAGGUCACGGCUCUGAGGCGACAGGCCCGGCCCACGUCUGGAAAGGUCAUCAGGAAGGUCACAACCUCUGACCCCAGCCAGGACCCCUACAGACCUCCCUCUGGACGCAUGUACGCCCCGGGCAACGCUGCUCCAAACGGCACCAGGUCUUCGUACCGGCGCAUGACGGGCCUGUACUCCACCAGAGUGGCCCGGGUAAAAUGGCAGUCCUUGGAGCGCCGCAUCUCUGACGUCAUCAUGCAGAGGAUGACCAUCUCCAACAUGGAGGCCGACAUGAACCGCCUGCUCAAGCAACGGGAGGAGCUGACCAAGCGCAAGGAGAAGGUGAUCCGGAAGCGGGAGCGUCUGUCGAGGGAGGGUCCGGAGGUGGAGCGGGCGGCAGCGGCGGCGGCGCCACUGAACGAGGAGGUCGACGCCCUGGGGGCGAACAUCGACUACAUCAACGACAGCAUCGCCGACUGCCAGGCCAACAUCAUGCAGAUGGAGGAGGCUAAGGAGGAGGGAGACACGGCGGACGUCUCGGCCGUGAUUGGCUCGUGCACGCUGACAGAAUCCCGCUUCCUACUGGAUCACUUCAUGUCCAUGGUCAUCAACAAGGGUCUGCAGGCGGCCCAGAAGGAGUCCCAGGUGAAGGUGAUGGAGGGGCGUCUGAAGCAGACGGAGAUCACCAGCGCCACCCAGAACCAGCUGCUGUUCCACAUGCUGAAGGAGAAGGCCGAGGUCAACCCUGAGCUGGACGCGCUGCUGGGGAACGCCCUGCAGGAGCUAGGUAGCAUACCGCCGGAGAACGCAGACGACAGCAGCAGCGACGAGUCGGCCCAGAGUCCCUCGGCAGAAGGGAGCACCUUGGCUUCAGACCUCAUGAAGCUGUGUGGGGACACCAGAACCAGGAGUAAGGCUCGCAGGCGGACCACCACUCAGAUGGAGCUGCUGUACCCCAACAGUGACUCCGCCCCCGACACGCCCACCGACUUCUCCAGCCCCAUGCUGCCAUUGGCCGAAACGCCCGAAGGGGGCGGGGAGCUGGACUUGUCGGGCUCCUCUGUCAGGGACUACACUGCUCUUUCUCCUGGCUUCUCCUCUAAAAUGGGCAGCAUAGUGGUCAGCUCAGGGUCCCGGGCUCCGUCAGGGGCCGAGAGGCGGGCCCCCGAGCCGUCCCCGCUUUCUCGCAGGAAGACCUAUGACAAGGCACAGGCCGCGUCCGACAGGGCAAAGGUCAAGGAGAUCAAACAGGGUAUCAUCAGCCCUGUGCAGGGCUCUAAGAGCAGCCGUCUGGCGGCUCUGCAGUGCGUCCACGUGGCUGAGGGCCACAGCAAGGCGGUGCUCUGUGUGGACAGCACCGACGACCUGCUGUUCACCGGCUCCAAGGACCGGACCUGCAAGGUGUGGAACCUGGUGACGGGCCAGGAGAUCAUGGCCCUGGGGGGCCACCCCAACAACGUGGUGUCGGUGCGCUACAGCUCCAGCCUGGUCUUCACCGUCUCCACCUCCUACAUCAAGGUGUGGGACAUCCGCGACUCGGCCAAGUGCAUCCGCACGCUCACGUCCUCGGGGCUGGUGAACGUGGGUGAGGUCUGCUCGGCCAACACCAGCCGCACCGUCACCAUCCCGGCCGGCGAGAACCAGAUCAACCAGAUGGCGCUGAACGCCAGCGGCACCGUGCUCUACGCCGCCGCCGGCAACAGCGUCCGCGCAUGGGACCUCCGCAGGUUUGCGUCGACGGGGAAGUUGACAGGCCACCUGGGUCCGGUGAUGUGUCUGACGGUGGACCAGACGGUGAACCACCAGGACCUUGUCAUCACGGGCUCCAAGGACCACUACAUCAGGCUGUUUGAUGUGACAGAGGGGUCUCUGGGCAGCAUCGCCCCCACCCACAACUUCGAGCCCCCCCACUACGACGGCAUCGAGUCCCUGGUGGUCCAGGGAGAUCUGCUGUUCAGCGGCUCCCGGGACAACGGCAUCAAGAAGUGGGACCUGGACCGCAAAGACCUGCUGCAGCAGGUGCCCAACGCCCACCGGGACUGGGUGUGCGCCCUGGGCCUGGUGCCGGGCACGGCCGCCCUGCUGAGCGGCUGCAGGGGAGGGGUGCUGAAGCUGUGGCACACGGACACACUCGGGCCCCUGGGGGAGCUGAGGGGCCACGAGAGCCCCAUCAACGGCAUCUCCACCAACAGCAGCCACCUGUUCACCGCCUCCGACGACCGCACGGUGAAGAUCUGGCGAGCCAGGGGUGGUCUGGACAGCACCGCGGACGCGGCCGACACGGCCGAGGAAGUGGCCAGCAACUGACCCCCCCCUCCCCACCCCCCCCUCCCCCUGCACCCUGUUGACCCCUCCCCCCUGCCGAGGGGAACCCCUGAACAGUGGCCUGGGAUGCCAGCGCUCUGCACUUUGAAUCACCCCCCCCCCACACCCCCACACCCCUAACCUGUAGCCAUGGUAACCAAGCCCACAGGAAAUGUGAAAAAUAAAGGACGUUGGCGACUCGCGACUCGUCUCGGCGUGACCUUGACCACGCCCCCUUAGUCUUAACGCAGAUGGCUCCGCCCUGCUCUGCUCUGAUAGGUUACGCCGCGAAUGAAACGGCCCCCGUGUGUUCUCCCACCCCCCCCCCUCCCACGUAGACACCACUCGAUACCACGAAUGUCUGACUCCCGAACACAUUGACCCCCCUCUGACUGACCGUCGUGCGUCUCGUUGACCGCGCCUGCGGGCCACGCCCACUGAUUGUGAAACACGUAUUAGCAUGUAGAGAAGAGCCGGCCAAUGAGAGGGCGCCGCGCAGGGCUGGGAGCUGGCUUUCAGCCUUAACCCCCCCCCCCUCACCCUUCCUCCCUCCUCCCCAUCACUAAUCAAGUAGCUUUACGAGAGAAGGAGACGGAUCAUCAACCCCCCUUAGAAUGACCACCUCCUCCUCCUUUCCUGCUCCUCCUCCUCCUCUUCCUCUUCGCCUCGCCGUCCUCCAUGCUGCAGCCCCGCCCACAAAGCUCGUCUUAACCGCGGUCCUAUACACUGUACAUCUGACCCAUCAACGCUGUGUUUGUGUGUGUGUGUGCGUGUGUGUGUGUGUGUGUGAGUGUGUGUCCUCCGCUCCUCAUCACGGGGUUCUGACUGUUGGGGUUCAGCAGCAGGGGGGGGGGGGGGGGGGCAGGGUCCGCUUAUUGCCAUAGCAACCCUACUUGAUGUUCACAACAAUUGUUUCCUCUUGGCAGAGGUCGCGGCCUUUGACCUGGCACUACAAUGUAAACAUAAUGAUGUCUCUCUCUCUCUCUCUCUCUCUCUCUCUCUCUCUCUCUCUCUCUCUCUCUCUCUCUCUCUCUCUCUCUCUCUCUCUCU